UAAGACCAAAUCACUCCCUCUCCAGUCAGCCUGUGCAGUUCCAUAGCAUAUGCUCUGGUCCAAGCAUGCUAGAAAUGCCAGUCUUUUCCACUGGCCUUCCAGGGUUGGCUGUUGAAAAGCUUCCCCACAGCAUGAUGCUGCCACCACCAUGCUUCACAGUGGAGAUGGUGUGUUUGUGCAUGUCAGGAGAUUGGCCCAUCAUGAGGCUUUCAUCACAUCCUCCACCACUCUCUCCCAACACUUCCCAGUUCCCAGCUCUCUCAGACUGGGAGGCUCCCAGCUUCACCCGGGCUGCUCAGUUCCGUGUUGGUGCCACCUUCAUCCUUUUCCUGUUUGCAGCCUGCAGCAACCUCGCCUUAUUGGUCAGUCUGUGGUGUGGGCGUGGCCGUCGUCUGGCAUCUCACCUGCGUCCGCUGAUGCUGAGCUUGGCGUCAGCCGACCUGAUGAUGACGUUCGUGGUGAUGCCUCUGGACGCCGUCUGGAACGUGACAGUGCAGUGGUACGGAGGAGAUGUGCUCUGUAAGCUGCUCUGCUUCCUGAAGCUGUUUGCCAUGCACGCUGCCGCCUUCAUCCUCGUGGUCAUCAGCCUCGACCGGCAGCACGCCAUCCUGCACCCGCUCGAUGCUCUGAGUGCGCACCACAGGAACCGCCGGAUGCUGCUGAUGGCCUGGAGCCUCAGCGUUCUACUCGCAUCACCACAGGACCCGGUUCAGGCAGUCCAGAGUUUCCGGCGUGCUGCAGAGAGUUACCAUGUUGCGGCCGUGUUGGAUUUUGCAGCUGUUGCCCUCAAAGAAGCAGGGAGUCACAUGGUCCAAUCAGAUUAGUUCAGCAAUGACGACAUCAUCGGCGUCUUGACAGAGUGUCUGAGUUUGACUGAGAGCAUCUCUGACCUGGGGAUUCUUGGUGAGUUGUACCUGUCAGUGGGAGUGUCUUACUGCCGUCUCAGGUGUUUCCCUGAGGCUGUUCUGACUUUCCGUCAGGCUCUCAGGCCCUCAGCUCAGCAGCCCCCUCUGCUGGCCAAAGUGAUGCACAACCUUGGAGCGGCUCUAAACGCUGAGGGCCAGUACACAGCAGCCGUGACG